AUGGUAAAGUUCACCUGCGUGUUGGCGAGCUGCGUGCUCCUCGCUUUCCUUCUCGUCGUGCCCUCGUUCGGAUACCCCAGGUAUAUCAACGACUACUACCGUGAUGAUGGCCAAUACGAUCCUGACGAGAUCAUUGAUAUGCUGGGCCGCCUUGGAAACCUCAUUCAGAUGGAACGCAAAAUGCAGAACUACAAGAAUGACAUUACUAGCGAGAAACGAGCUUUCGAUCUUGGUCUUGGCCGCGGUUAUUCUGGAGCUCUUCAAGCCAAGCACCUCAUGGGAUUGGCGGCUGCUAACUUCGCCGGCGGCCCCGGAAGGAGGCGACGAAACGCCCAAUAA